GUGGGACCAGCUCAGACAGGGGGGAACGAGACGCACAUUUGCUAUAUGAGAAAACAGUCAAAAUAUGGUAGCUUGGAUUACUUCACCUGAACCGAGCUGAGCCAAACCAGACCGGACCGGGCCAGCGUUGCAGCAUGGCAGCGCCCCGUAGGGUGAUCACCAAGAGGAGGGCCACCAUCACAGCUCUGCCACUCUACCACUCUGGAGCUCUGCUGAAGAAAUACACCGGAGAGAAGGACUUUAAGAAGUACUAUGGAGAACUACGUGGAUCCACCAUUUUCCUGUACAUGGACGAAACACAGGACACAUAUACAGAGAAACUGGAUUUGCAUAUGCUGAAGGCCAUGGAGAUGCAUUCUCUUUAUGUGAAGACCCCGACCAUCUUCACACUCUCUCUCAUCAACGAGGAGGUUCAGCUGAAGAUGGAAUGCCCAGACAAAGGAGAGGAGUGGAGGGGUUUCAUCAUGACUGUGGCAUAUAAAGAGAUCCCAAGCAAAAUACAACUGCUCCCAGGCCAGAUUGAAAGACUGAAGCAAGUUCUGUACGAUGAGAAACAAAGACUUUUCCCCCAAACGCCACCUGACCUGAGCAGGAGUUUCAUCUCCUGCUCACCCUUCCUGGGAAACACACAAGAAACAGACAGCCCAGCUGCAAACCCAACGUGUUUGUUUGACGUGAGCCGCCAGGAGGCGGAGCGUAUGCUAACGGAGAACCCAGAACGUGGGGACAUCAUCAUCCGUCCCUCCACUUCCAACUACGCUGUGACUUUAAGGCAUAAUGACUUACGUGGGACAGUAUUCAAGAACUACAAGGUGCUGCAUAUAGACAGGAUGUUAGUCAUUGAGCUGGACCCCCCAGUGAAGGUUCAUUCGCUGAGGGACGUGCUUGACCACUUCCUGAAGGAGACCAAAUAUCGUCUCAAUCCCUAUGUGAUUCCCCAGGUCUAUGACAACAAAAUUGAGGUUUCACCUGUGUUGGACCGUGCAACAAAGCCAGUACCCCAUGCCAGAGUGGCACCUAUGAUCCACAUUCAGACCACUUGUGGCAACAUGCCUCCAACCACUCCACCACCCGAUCCCCCCUGUCCAACUUCAGACAAUAAGGGGGACUACAUGGAAGUGGACGUCCCAUCAAAACCAAGCACCAGACCGGCGGAGGUGGAUGAGGAACUGCAGACCAUUCUAAAAGCAAGGAGGGAAAACAUCUACAAAGCAGGGUCUUCAUGACUGACACAAGUAACCAAAUAAAAAACAUAAAAAAUUGACAGAAUGUGAAAAUUAAAUAAAGCUGAUUGAUGUGCAAAUUAUA